GGAACAGAGCCUUGUGUCUCCCCGUCAAGUCCCCGGAUGCUCACCUCCCCGACUCGCCCCCGCUGUGGCCCCGCCCCCGCGCGGCUCUUCGUGCCACGUCACCGCCUGCGUCGCUUCCGGAGGCGCAGCGGACGAUGACGUAGAGGGACGUGCCCUCUAUAUGAGGUUGGGGAGCGGCUGAGUCGGCCUUUUCCGCCCGCUCCCCCCUCCCCCCGAGCGCCGCUCCGGCUGCACCGCGCUCGCUCCGAGUUUCGGGCUCCUGCUAAGCUAGCGCCGCCGUCGUCUCCCUUCAGUCGCCGUCAUGAUUAUCUACCGGGACCUCAUCAGCCACGAUGAGAUGUUCUCCGACAUCUACAAGAUCCGGGAGAUCGCGGACGGGCUGUGCCUGGAGGUGGAGGGGAAGAUGGUCAGUAGGACAGAAGGUAACAUUGAUGACUCGCUCAUUGGUGGAAAUGCCUCCGCUGAAGGCCCAGAGGGCGAAGGUACCGAAAGCACAGUAAUCACUGGUGUCGAUAUUGUCAUGAACCAUCACCUGCAGGAAACAAGUUUCACAAAAGAAGCCUACAAGAAGUACAUCAAAGAUUACAUGAAAUCAAUCAAAGGCAAACUUGAAGAACAGAGACCAGAAAGAGUAAAACCUUUUAUGACAGGGGCUGCAGAACAAAUCAAGCACAUCCUUGCUAAUUUCAAAAACUACCAGUUCUUUAUUGGUGAAAACAUGAAUCCAGAUGGCAUGGUUGCUCUAUUGGACUACCGUGAGGAUGGUGUGACCCCAUAUAUGAUUUUCUUUAAGGAUGGUUUAGAAAUGGAAAAAUGUGUAAGUACAAGGGGGAUUACUUUGGAUCUAUCACCUGUCAUCAUAACUGGCUUCUGCUUGUCAUCCACACAACACCAGGACUUAAAAGACAAAUGGGACUGAUGUCAUCUUGAGCUCUUCAUUUAUUUUGACCGUGAUUUAUUUGGAGUGGAGGCAUUGUUUUUAAGAAAAACAUGUCAUGUAGGUUGUCUAAAAAUAAAAUGCAUUUAAACUCAAAUAUUUGAGAGAAUGCCUUUUAGUUUAAUGCAUAGUUAAAUUCAUCCUGUAGUGUUCCUGGAGGAGCUAGAGCCUGGUUGUAGGCUACUACUCAUCAAUUAACUUCUACAGUGGAGACUGCUUCUGGGACUGGAAUAUAAAAAAGAAUCAAAGGUUUUGAUUGUGAGUUGCAAUAAAGGGAAAGACCAUGCUCAUAGCAGUGCCAACAUCUGAAGUGUGGAGCCUUACCCAUUUCAUCAUCUACAACGGAAGUAGUUAACUGGAAGAGAUUACCAAGAAAAUAAAAAGAGACUCAUUCAGUGGAAGCAA